GUAUAAAUUAUUGAAUAAGCUGUUGCGUCGCCCCGUUACCAUGAGACCUGCUUACUGUUUUUACUGCUGGACUCACAACAGCCGACUGACAACACAUCUGAAAGUUGCAUCACUUUCGCAAACAUGGCCACCCUGAGCUCAAAGCCAGGCUUGCGUUACAGUGUCUCUGACUGGGCAACCAAUAAUAAACAGAUAUCAGACACUGCUGAGUACAAGCGCAGUAUUUCACACGACAUACGCCAGGAAGGAAGAGCUCUGCGUAAUGAGACGACCAAUAAGACACACUGGGAUGAGUAUGACAGCAGCCGGCGACUGAGUGACAGAAUCAAUGACGUCACGCACUGGAAGGAGAAUCUGAACGCUUGUGCGCAACAAGUGGAUGCAGAAAUGGACGCUCUUACUCUGUCCAAGGAGGAGACGGAACGAGCCCUUGCUGCCACCGUUCUGCCUCUUGAAGUCACUGCAGAGUGCUUGAACCUCAGGGAAGGUCGUCGUGGCAAGGAGCUUAUCAGCGACCCUGUAGAAGCUGAACUGAAGAAGGAAGUAGAGGUGAUUGAUGGAGCACAACGUGUCCUUCAGCAGUGCAUCGAUCAGGCCUUUGAACAGCUAUGUCGCUUACAGGAAGCACGGCAACAGCUAACAAUUGACAUUCAGGAUAAAAUAGAGGCCCUUGACGUGGACAUGUCAUGCUUGUCUCUUACUAUACGGUCACCUGAGAUCUCCCUGAAGCCCAACCCCACAAGAGUGCCCCCCGGUUCCACAACUCCUCAGCAGUGGGAGCAGUUCAGCCGAUACAAUAUUAUCCGAGCUAAAGAAGAAAUGCAGGCCUCUGUUCAAAUAAGAGAGAACAACAGCAUCACAAGAGCGCAGGUGCAGAAUGAGCUGGAGGCCCAAAAAAUGGCUGUGGAGUUUGCUCUCCGUAAGCGAACUCACCACGAGGAACAGGCCCAUCAUGAAAUGCAAUGGCAGCUGAAAACUACUCAAGAAGAAAUUGCUGAGCUGGAGAAGGACAUUUGUGGCCUAGAGGAGGACAUGCAGGCCAAGAUGGCUCCUUUAAAGCUGGUCCACACCCGUCUAGAGAACAGGAUCAAGAGGCCGGGCAUGGACCUGUGCCGAGAUGAGGUCCAGUUUGGGUUGGUGGAUGAAGCCAAGCAACUGGAAGCCAGCAUUCUGGCACUGAAACAGAAGCUUGCACAGGCCCAGCACUCCCUGCAGUCUCUGAAACAGCAUGAAGCUCAAAUGAUAGAGGAUCUGUCUCGUAAGCAGGAUGCCCUGUCGCUGGAGCAGCACAGCAGCCAAACCCGUCAGCGCCUGACUCUGAGGGUCCAGACUGAAGGUCUGCCUUCAGCUGUGGUGCCUCUCACCAACUCUAGUGGCAGACACAAGCUGGACCUCGCUUGAGUUGACACCCUGAUUCUCACCUUAUACUUAAGGUGAUGAAAGCUAAAUUUCAUGGGCGAAAUCCAGUCAUUUCUACAGGAAUCUGUGUGAUUAGGAGUUUCACAUGAGGACAUAAAGAUUUCAUUUGUGUUUAAGUUGAAAGUGCUUGGUUUGAUGUGCGAGGUGCUUUAUCCAUCUCUAUGCUCUCUAUGCUAUGCUCUAUGCUACUGACAAUGGAUGGGUUUUUUUUGUCUGCGAAAUUUCACUAAUUAAACUGCACCUUUAGUCUAAAUAAAGUCAAUUAAUGAAAA